AUGGAAGUGAAUAAUGUUCCAUAUAGGUCAUCCAACCAACAGCCAACAAUUCUCGAUGAAAAGUGGAGAAUUAAAAAACGUCACGAUGAAAAUUGCAGUUGUUGCUGUUGUAUCCCUUCGCCCAUAUGCUACAAAUAUGUACAGCCGGAAGUACCAAAGUCCUGCGCUCCAAUACGCCGUUAUUGGAAAUCAACGAUACCGAUGGACGAUAAUACUACCUACCAGCUUUCCUAUUGGGAAAACCCGAGCUCAAAAGUAGAACCUAUUCUUCCAAAAGAUUGUUUGGUCACCGGAAGUAGCGAAAUGUCUGACCAAACAACGUACAAUACCAGUUACAUGGAUUAUUUAUGUGUAAAACCUGUAUCGAGUAUUACACCAUGUGAAAAACAAUUGCUCGGCAGAGGUCCAAUGCAAGAUGUUACCACUCAGAAACACGAUUACACGUGGAAGAGCAUAGAAACAACGCCACCUUAUAAAGCAAGGAACAAUAUAUACUGCAAUCCGGCACCAUUACUUGAUGACACAACGUACAGACUUAGCUACUACGAAUCCUGUUGCAACUCACCUCCUGAAUCUUUUGCCCCUGUACGAAGAUACAUCAAGUCAGACAUCCCAUUCGAGGACAAUACUACUUAUAGGCUCAGUUACUGGCCAAAUAUGAAUCCAAUGAAAGAAAAAGCAUGGAAAAAGAAACAAGAAUAUACACCACCUAUCUAUCCAAUCGACGGUUGUACGACUUAUAAAUUAAGUUACUACCCCAGCUGCCCUGAACGGCCAUCGCCAAUUCUCCCUCGGUUAACCGAGAAUAUUUUAAACGCACAGUGUUGUAACGAUAAGAACACAAUCUAUCGUCUUAGCUACUUUGGUUGCGAAGAUGGCAGACGAGACCCGAUAGUACCGCCUGGCAACAUUACCUUCUCUACUUGUCCGCCUGCUUAUGACACCGUUCAUCGAAUGAGCUUCGUAGGUAACUGGAAUGUAAAACCACUGGAACCAAUCACACCGUGUAGCAAACAAAUGUUAGGUAGAGGACAAAUACAGGAUGUGACUACUCAAAAGCACGAUUUCACGUGGAAGCAGAUCCAAAUGGAACCAGGUUCUCGUCCUAAGGAUAACUUGGUUCCCCCAUGUGGACCUAUUGAGUGUUGCACUACUCAUAGAAUGUCCUAUUUACCAAGUGAUUGUGAAUCACUAAGGCCUAUUCAGUCCUAUGCACCUAUACGUGUGUAUAAACCAUCAGACAUUCCAAUGAAUGGAGAAACUGUAAUGCACUUGAGUUACCAGCCAGUAGAAGCAGGUCCAGUGGAGAGGAUACGUGACAAAAAUGAUUACCAUCCUCCUGAUUUUCCAAUUGAUGUCCAUACUACAUAUAAUACAAGUUACAUUCCACCUGGUACACUGGAACCUUGUUGUGUAGAAACAAAGCCCUGUCUACCUUCGACCCAAUGCUGUUGUUAAAACAAGGAACAUUGCAAAGCCGACAUGACAAAUUGUACUGUGAU